AAACCCGCUGAUAAGACCGCAGACAAAGGGCCGUGUAAUGGAGUGGGGGGUGGCCCGGGAGAGAAUAGCUCGUGUAGCAAAAAGGAGUUAAAACAGAACCCACCUGGGCGGCGAGAAAUGACCCGAGUUUGGUCUAAAAAAAGGAUAUUUUACGCACAAGACUUUUACGCACAGCGCGGCGCAGAUGUUAAAGUUUGUCUCCCGGUGUUCAUGAUGCAGAUUUGUUCACGCCCGUCACCCUGAAGACACUCCGGUGUGUGUGUUGACCUGAGGCCCGGUGUUUUCCUCCGCAGACUGUUGGGGAGAAAAUGGAGUGUGUGCCUUUAAGGCGCCCGACUGCCUGUCGCUUUCUGCUGCGGAGAGACUGACGCCCUCUGGACACAGUGGACACUUGAGCGGCGGCAGAACACCAUCCUGGAGAAGUUCAAAGAGAAAACAACCACUCUCCCUGUUAAAAAGAAAAGUCUCGGAUUUGUUAACAGCGCUGAGGUCUCUGAGGUCCUGUCCUGUGUCUCGUGUUGUUCUAGGUGUUUCCAGUGCCGUGCUGGUGAGCCGUCAGGAUGAGGCCUGGUCAGCUGAUCCUCCCCGCCGCCGCCGCGCUCCUCUUCCUCCUCGCAGGACUGUCCCCGACCUCCGGCUGCAACAAAGCCCUCUGCGCCAGCGACGUCAGCAAGUGUCUCAUCCAGGAGCUGUGCCAGUGUCGCCCGUCAGACGGGAACUGCUCCUGCUGUAAGGAGUGCAUGCUGUGUCUGGGGAACCUCUGGGAAGAGUGCUGCGACUGCGUGGGGAUGUGUAACCCGAAGAACUACAGCGACACCCCGGCCACGUCGAAGAGCACGGUGGAGGAGCUGCACCGCCCGAUCCCCUCGCUGUUCCGCGCCCUCACCGAAGGAGAGGCUCCGAUCAACAUGAUGGUGGUCUCCUUCCCCGUGGCCGAGGAGCUCUCCCAUCACGAGAACAUGGUCUCCUUCCUCGAGUCGCUCGACCCGCACCAGAACGUCUCUGUUCCCGCCAACAGCAUCCACGCCAGCUACGACUCUCAAGAAAACAUGUGCACGGUGGUCUACUUUGACGACUGCGUGUCUAUCCGUCAGUGUAAACUAUACUGUGAGUCAAUGGGAGGAUCCAAGUACCGCUGGUUUCACAACGCCUGCUGCCAGUGCAUCGGACCGGAGUGCGUGGACUACGGCAGCAAGGCUGUGAAGUGCAUGAACUGUCUCUUCUGAAGUGUUGGCACAUCUUGGUACCAAAUGUGUGGGCCAUACCAGAGGACUGAGGGCAGAGGAAACUAUGACUGUUAUGUGUUAGCAUUCCUCCGUUACCUUGUAAAAUACCCCUUUCACCCCCUCCUGCAAACCCUGCGAAAGUGUUUUUAUUCUGCUGUUAUGUUUCACUGUAUAUUUUUAGAUAUGUUUUCAAUAGUGUUUUUUACUAGAGGUGUAUAUGAAUAACGUAUUUUUACAAUUAUGGUCUGCUAAAUCCCAGUCUCGUGCCAAAUAAAGAAACGUUUGGUGACA